AUGAUCUCCGUGGCCAUAUUCGCUGUAGCGACGGGUGCUGCUGUUGUUUCUGGCACGACAUGGGCAUGUAUGCGACCUCGCCAGAAUCUGCGUCUGGCUCCAAUAUCUCAAUAUAGUAUCGUACAAAGUACGGGAACAAAGAAAAAAAUGGAGGUUUUCGAUCAACAUGAACGCUCAGUGUGCAAGUUCGAACUGGUCACUCGACAUGAUGUUUUGCAGCACAUUUACCGGAUGUAUGGCCGUCUUGGAGUGUCUAACUCGUCAAAUGAAGUCGCUACUUUCUAUCGAAAUACAGUUGGAAAAGGCGGAUACAUCGAGUACUUCUACGAGGAGCUGGAUGCGGGGUUUAGUCUUUUGCCAAAAUUCUUUCGAUUCCAGCAGGAUAAUAAUACGCUCCGAAGUGAGCCGCUACGAAUCUAUAUUCUGGCAAAAUUACUGGGAAAUAUGUAUGAAGUACACAUAGAUCAGGACGAGGCCAAAUUAGUCUGGUGCUCAAAAACGCGAAUUCUCUAUAAACUCGAUGGGCUGCCGAAACAACAAGUAGCUGCCAUGAGCUCUACCCAUGUUGUAGAGGAGGCUACGGAACAAAUGAAAUCAGCCAAGAAGAAUGCAAACUCGAGACACGUGAUCGCAACUCAGAACGACUUAAUCAAUCCAUAUCUAGCCGUGAGUGUGCUUCUUUACUUCAUACUUCUAGAAUCUGAACACUGA